AUGUCCGAAGACGAAUACGAUUACUUGUUCAAGAUUGUCAUCAUUGGUGACUCUGGUGUUGGAAAGUCCAACCUCUUGUCUCGUUUUACGAAUGAUGAGUUUAACUUGGAAUCCAAAAGUACCAUUGGUGUCGAAUUUGCUACCAAGAAUAUAAAGAUUAAAAACCACACAAUCAAGGCACAGAUCUGGGAUACCAGUGGACAAGAACGCUACAGAGCCAUCACUGGCGCUUAUUACCGUGGUGCUGUUGGUGCCUUAUUGGUCUAUGAUAUCACUCGACAAUCUUCUUUCCAGAAUAUAGAACACUGGUUAAAGGAACUCCGUGAUCAUGCAGACCCUAACAUUGCCCUGAUGCUGGUCGGAAAUAAGUCUGAUCUGGAAGAAACUUCGCGUGCAGUUAGUACGGAAGAAGCCAAGGAAUACGCAGCCGAUUCAAAGAUGUUGUUCUUUGAGACCAGUGCCCUGGAUUCCACCAAUGUCAGCCAGGCAUUCUACACAGCCUUUGAAGAAAUCUACAACACCGUUCCAAAAUCAGUGACACAGGAUGGAAACGUUGGUGUUAAUGGUCCGGCUCAGAACACCAUCAAACUCAAGCCACCAACGUCUGGUUUCCAAGACGAAGGUCAGGCAGAUCGAGGAGGACAAGCAAAGGCAGGAGGUGGUUGUUGUUAG